CCCUUCUCUCUCCCCCCACUCCGUGGCGGCGCCCUCCGGUUUCUCUCUCCUAGGGUUUCUUCCCCUUAAGCCCUCUAUAGGUUUGGGCGAUCGCGUCAUCGCGUGCUCGCCCUCGCGACCUCCAGAUCCAACCAUGGCGGCUGUCGCCCCCGCUACUCCUGCCGACUCAGCUACGGAUCUGAUGCAGAAGUUAUCCUUGGAUCCAAAGGACCAGAGUAAUGAUGCUUCAGAUGUUAUAAAGAAGCCUUCUGGAGUUCAGUAUGGUUCAGCUAGUGGCGGUGAAUUGCCAAUGGCACCGAUCCCAACAGCCGAACGGUCUCUGACUCCUCUAGUUCAUGAGCAUAUGGAUGCUAGCAUGUGCUACAUACCGAAUGGAUAUGCUUCAUCUUUCUACUAUGGAGGUUAUGAUGGCUCAAUGACUGAGUGGGAGGACUACCCUAGGUAUGUCACCCCCAAUGGAGUGGAGGUGCCUCCACUUGGAGUUUAUGGGGACAUGUAUCAGCAUGGAUAUGGUUAUGCUCCUUAUAGUCAAUAUCCUUCUCCUGGAUCCACAGUUCCGACUUUGGCACACAAUAGUCAACUAUAUGGGCCUCAACAUUACCAGUAUCCAGCUACGUAUUACCAGCCACCCAUACCCACCAGCACACCAUACAAAACAAAUCAAACUCCUAUUUCUGAAGGGGAGGUUUCUACAUCUACUGCUGCCGACCUUCCUCCUAUUCCAGUGGAUACCACAAAAUCUAAUUCAAAUGGAACAGGUAAAGGAAGCACAAAUGGCAACAAUGAAUCAGAAAAGACAAGACCAGGCCAACAGAAUUCAUCGUUGAAUCCAGGCAUCUCAUUUGGUAAAGGUGCUUUGUCCGGUGGGCUUCCUUCUUCGGGCUACCAGGAUCCAAGAUUUGGUUUUGACGGAGUGUGGUCAUCUGUUCCAUGGUUUGAUGGUACUACGUAUCCCGAUGGGCAACAGAGACCAGUUACAGCGAAUGCUGUCUCUUCUAUGACUUCACAUGAUCGCAAUACUAUGCCCACAAGAAAUCAGAAUUUCCGCCCCCUUCCUCAUCUGAUGGGAAUGCAUUCCCCGAGGCCAGCAGGUCCUGGAACUGCAAACAAGAUGUAUCCUAACAAUCGAAUGUAUGGCCAGAAUGCUAAUGGAUUUGGCAAUGGUCAUGGUUUUUGUUCAAACAUGUACGACUCCAGAAUGAAUGGAAGAUGGGGGAUGUCUGUGGAUAGCAAAUAUAAGCCAAGGGCCCGAGGCAAUGGAUUCUAUGGAUAUGGUAAUGAAAACUUGGAUGGUCUGAGUGAGCUUAAUAAAGGACCAAGAGCUGGUCGUUUCAGAAACCAGAGGGGGUUUGGACCUACUAUUACUCUUGCAGUAAGGGGACAAAGCCUACCUGAAAAUGUAAAUGUUCAGGAUUCUACUGUUAUUCCUGAAGGAGAUCAGUACAACAAGACAGACUUCCCUGAAACAUAUUCAGAUGCUAAGUUUUUCAUCAUUAAGUCAUAUAGUGAGGAUGAUAUUCACAAGAGUAUCAAGUACAAUGUUUGGGCUAGUACUCUCCACGGAAACAAGAAGCUUAAUGCUGCUUAUCUGGAGUCCAAGGAGAAGACAAGUGGAUGCCCUAUUUUUUUGUUUUUCUCUGUCAAUACAAGUGGACAGUUUGUUGGUGUGGCAGAAAUGGUAGGUCCAGUUGAUUUUAACAAAACACUGGAUUUCUGGCAGCAGGACAAGUGGAUUGGAUGUUUUCCUGUCAAGUGGCAUAUUGUAAAGGAUGUUCCCAAUAGCAUUUUAAAGCACAUCAAAGUGGAGAACAAUGACAAUAAACCAGUCACAAACAGUCGAGACACUCAGGAGGUGAAGCUCGAGCAAGGUCUUCAACUUCUUAAGCUUUUCAAAGAGCAUGUGAGGAAGACAUCCAUUUUGGAUGAUUUCAGUUUCUAUGAAACCCGCCAGAACGUGAUGCAAGAGAAGAGAAGGAAGCAAGAGCAAUUUCAGAAAAAGGUUAUGGAUGAGAAAGAUGAGGAUGGGGCUUACGGAAAGCCUGGGUCACAGAACCCUGUGGAAGUGGUUACAGUCAUGAAGAAAGAACAAGCACAGGGUGGUCUUGCACUUGCAGAAGAUGUGCUAUCAGAGACGAAUGGUGUGGCUACGGUAGCUGAUGUUGUGUGUGGUUAAAUGGUGUUGCCAACUGGUUGCUAGGUUCAUGAAGCCACCUUUGAGCAUAAUGGAGAUUUGCAACCUAGUCCCUGAGGCAUCAGGCCGAUGAUGUGUGUGCUUAACAUCUGCCUCGGCCGUAACAAAGCUGUAGUUUUCUUAUCCCAGUUUAAUAUUGAUUUUAGUUUGUUUUCCUUUUUCUAGUUUUCAGUCAAGGUGGGAGAUUGGUGAUUUGAGAUCCUAGGUAUUAGAGGCAAUCAACCUGUUCCCUGUGCCCUCCUUAAUAGUGUAUUUUUGGUUCUUCUUUUCGUUUUCUGCAAGAAUAACAUCUUUGGCACAGAAUUUUGUAUUAGGGACUUUCUUAAUGUGUUUUCGUUUGUUUUCUGUA